AAUUCACUGUGGCUUUGACAUUUUCCUCUGAAACAAAAGUUUCUCAGGCACUGGGAGAUCAUGCUGUUUUACCUCAGUGAUUGUUUGUGAGCUGCGAUGGAUCCAUUGAAGCACUAACUAAAGAGCCGACACCCAAGCCGGACAUUAACAGCCCCCCAGCAGAAGCCUCCCUGUGAGGACGGAGCCAGAGACAGCCAUCCAGGCACCCUUGGCGGUGCCCGCGACCCGGCGGGUGCGGCGAGGCCGCGGGGCAGCGGGACCCUGAGCGCCUGCCCGCGGCGGCGGCGGCGGCGGGAGGAUGAACGGCACCCGCGCCCGGGCCAGCCACCGCGCCCAGCCGGUGGUCAAGAGCGUGCUGGUGUACCGCAACGGGGACCCUUUCUUCGCGGGGCGCCGCGUCGUCAUUCACGAGAAAAAAGUGUCCAGCUUCGACAUCUUUCUGAAAGAGGUGACGGGCGGCGUCCAGGCGCCCUUUGGGGCUGUCAGGAAUCUCUACACCCCGCGCACCGGCCAUCGCAUCCGUAAGCUAGACCAGAUCCAGAGCGGGGGCAACUACGUGGCUGGGGGCCCGGAGGCCUUCAAGAAACUCAAUUACUUGGACAUAGGAGAAAUCAAGAGAAGACCUAUGGAAGUUGUUAAUACAGAGGUAAAACCAGUAAUCCACAGCAGGAUAAAUGUGUCAGCUCGAUUUAGAAAACCUCUUCAGGAACCCUGUACUAUCUUCCUCAUAGCAAAUGGAGACCUCAUAAGCCCAGCUUGUCGCCUCCUCAUCCCUAGAAAAGCCUUGAAUCAGUGGGAUCAUGUCCUGCAGAUGGUCACGGAGAAAAUAACUCUGAGGAGUGGGGCUGUUCACAGACUUUAUACUUUAGAAGGAAAACUUGUUGAAAGUGGGGAAGAGUUGGAGAAUGGACAGUUUUAUGUGGCUGUUGGCAGAGAUAAGUUUAAGAAAUUGCCUUACAGUGAAUUACUUUUUGACAAGUCAACAAUGAGAAGGUCUUAUGGUCAGAAAGCUUCUUCACUGCCUCCUAUUGUAGGAUCCCGAAAGUCUAAAGGGAGUGGAAAUGAUCGCCAGUCUAAGUCAACCAUAGGAUCCAGUGACAACUCAUCUCCUCAGCCCCCAAAGAGGAAAGGGAAAAAAGAGGAUGUGAAUCUAGAAAAACCCACAAAAGGGAAACAAAAUCUGAAAUUAAAGAAUUCACCACAAACAAUUCCAAACAGUGAUGAAGGCAUUUUCAAAGCUGGAGCAGAGAGAUCUGAAACACGGGGGGCAGCAGAAGUCCAAGAAGAUGAAGAUACUCAAGUUGAGAUUCCAGUGGAUCAGAGACUAGCAGAAAUAGUAGAUGAGGAAGAAGAUGGAGAGAAAGAAAGCAAGGAUGCAGAAAAGAAGGAAGAGCUUUCAGGAAUGAAUGAUGAAGUUGAAGAGGAAGGAAGUGGGGAGGCUACAGCUGCCUCUGAGAAGGCCGAGGAGAUGCCGGAGCACCGGGAUGAGCAGGGAGGUCCCGAGCGUGUCAGUGGAGGCACGGAUGAAGAAAAUGGUGAGGAACUGGAUCAGGUCAAUAAUGAGCUUCAAGAGGCAGUGGAGGAGAAAAUAAAGUCUCAAGGAGCGCCUGGCAAUGAACAAGAAGAGGCUGACUCAGACCCUCAAAGACCACCAAGGCCAGAAGUAAAGAUCACUGGUCCACAGGAAAAUGAUGACAAUAAACAAAGCGAGGACUAUGCUGUUGUAGCAUAGAUGGCUUUUAAAAAGAGAGUAUAUUGAUCAUAAGAAAAAUGAAGGGUUAUAAUACUUGGAUAACACAUAUACUUAUUGCUAAACAUAACAUGACAGUGUGGUUGAGAACUACUUACUGGAUUCUAAAAUUAGAGACCUAAAGGAAAGACUAGAUAACUUUGAGUAACUACUAAAGGAGAGUGACUUCUUAAGGGAUGUGUUCUUCAAAGUCGCUAAGUCAAAUAAGAGAAGAGCAGUAGAGGAGAAUUUGACUGGGAGGCAGUUGGGCACUGGUUUCUGUAAAGGCUGAAGAAAUGAGAUUACGUCUGUUGCCUACUUUCUCACAGUUAGAAGUGAAGUUGUUAGAUGGCAGCAUAUGCUAAAGCACUUACAUAAGAAGGCAUAGUUUUAAACAAUAAUAGGAAAGCAUGUAUUAUUUUUUAAGCAAUAACUCUUGAAUAAACAAAUUAUAAUUUAGUUUCAGAGAUAAUUUGAAGAUGGCAGUAGAUUGAAAUGUUUCCAUGACUUGUUGACACUCUGUUCUUUCUUCCUCCUUAGCCAAAAUCCACCUAAAAAGAAUGAAAAAGAAUGUGAGGUAUCCAUUUUGGAAGGAGGAAGUAUUCAUGUAGUGUAUUGGUGAUUAAUAUUGUCAUGUUCCUUCCUUAAGUGCUUCAGGUUUUGAUCCUUGUGGCUUUCAGGAUGGAAUUAUAAAGGAACAUCCAAUUAUAUUACUGAGGCUGGCUGGAUGGUGUGCAAAUUCCUAGUAUCCUAUGGAUUUUCACUGACCCAGUGUCCCUUUACCAGUAAUAUACCUCCCUGCUUCUUCAUGUUAGGAAACUCAAUAUUGACUGUUCCAAAGACUGAAUUUUGCAAAAGGAGAAUGUAGGCUUAUGAUGAGUUUCUCAUGCUCGAUUUCACUUGCUUUUUGCCUUAUUUCUGUUAGGAGACUGUCUUGUUACAUUUUCUCCCUAAGGAUAUCAGCAAAUACUUAUUUUCAAGCCAGUUAUAUUUAGACUUUCUAGCAGAUUCCUUUCCAUAUAAUUAGAAAUUAUCUCAUAGAAAUUGUUGAAAAAAGUUUAAAAUUGGUAUAAUGAAACCAGUUCCAAAUUACUAGUUUGUGGGAUUAGUAACUCACAAUUGCCUUGUUAGAUAUAUAUGAGGAGAAACAUAUAAAUAAUAUUUUUGUUAUGUAGAAAUUAUAAAUUUGAAAUUUAAGCUGCUAGUGUUUUCAUAGAAUUCAUUAUUAAUUGUAAGUUUAAAAUAUUUCCCCUCCAGGUUUUAUAACCAACUAUUUGGAAUCAGAGUAGUUAUAUACAAUACUUAAUAAUGCUAUAGCAAAUGGAUAUAUUUUUCCUAGCAGCCACUUCAAUAUUUUCCACAAAUAGGAAGAAUAAGCAGAGACUAUAAUGUAACAGUAUUAGAAAGAGAUAAUGAUAUGAGUAUAUUAAUCUGAGAGGUUGAAUUAGAGAUGAGACACUAUAUUUCUAGCUUGAAAUCUAGAUCGUGCUGUCUACUAGUAUGCAUAUUGUCAAAUGGGAUGAUAAAAUCGUCAUAGAUGACAAGCAACAAUCUUGUGUUGCUAGGGAAAAAUAGACUACCUGGUUUUUCAAUGUUAAAUUCCCAUACUGGGCCUGGGUUAAUGAUUUUAAAUCAUCUGUAAAAAUAAGGGAUUAAAUAUAAGAAAUUAUAUAACUGAUUAUCAAGGCAUUUUUUUCUUUCUUUAAUGAGAUUUUCUCUGUUUUCCUUCCAAUAAAGAUAUUCUGUGUCUUGUUUUUCUCCUUUUCUUCAUCAUCCUAUAAAGCUUAGGUUUUCAGGAGCUUUUAAAAAUCAUAUUAAAAGAAAACUAUGUUGUUUUACAUUAAAAACAAAGUUUUAUAUUUUUUUGCAAAGUUUUAUAUUUUAAAUAUAUUUCAAGAAGGUGAUAGGCCACAACAGUGAUCUAACUUGAGGGGAUGAACAACUACUAAUCACUUAAAAAGAAUAAAAUGUAUUAUCUAACCAAUGAAAACUAUGGACAUCAUUUUGGAGAUGACUUUAACAUGAAUAAUGAAAGUUAAUUCACCUCACAGAUGUGGAUGUUUUCUCCAUGGGAAUGGCAGCUGCCGGGGUAGAGUAGCUCCACACAUGGAGACUCCCUGGCAGGUUGGAGACCAUUACAUGUGGAGCAGUGGAGAUCUCGGUUAGGCUUCAGUUAGGGGCCGGGUUUUACAGAGCGAGGGUGCUAUGGAAACUCAUGUAGCUUUUACGUGAUAACCAAUAGAAUGCUUUAAGGUGUUAGCUUUUAUGAUAGAUUUCACAGUUUUAAUUUUAUGGAACUCUUGUUAAUCUUAAUUGAUUUUAUGAUAUUUGUAAUCAAGUGGUUUAUCAGUUGAAUUAAAACAUCAAAGUUUUGCAGAUCAAAUGAAGGAGAUUUUAACUAAAUCAUUUUCAUGCUAAGGAUGUGUUACCCAUUUUAGCAUCUCUUAAGGUAACUAUUGAGAAUUCAUGGGCUUCUAGUUAUAAAACAUGACACCAUGAUCAUAAGAUAACUUUUUACUCAUUAUUUUUUUCUGUGGCCAUAAGGUGACUAUUUAUGAAAACAUUUUUUAGUUAUUUUUGGGGGGGAUAUUAGAAUGCAAGGCUCAUAGGAAGAUUGUGAUAGUCCAUGCACUCUGUUCCAUUCUGAGUGGUACUUCCUGCUGUUGUCUAUAGAGACAGAACGGCCCAUGCAUGUGCGUGUGGCCCAGCAUCAGCCAGCGACCUCUGUAGACCCACGGUUGUGCAGAUGUACUAAUACGAAAUUAUUCAUACUAACUCCUUCAACUUAUAGCUAAUAAAUCAACAUCCUAAAAAAAUUCACUAAAUAACCUAUCUUCUUCACAAAAGAUGAAGUUAAUUCAGCAAGGAAACAUUUGUGUAUUUAAAAUUGUGGCUGCAGAACAACAGGGAGGCAUCUUUGUCUUGUUAACGGACUUUCCUACAGAAUUAGCUCUAUACUUUCAUUUUUUUCCCCUCAGUACAUAGCAGAAACAAAAUUUCAGAAAGUAGAAUAGAUUAAUUGCUAAACAGAAAGCAUCGCAUCUGAACUGGUGCCAAUUGGAAUAGAAAUAAACUAUAUAGACAUACACAUAUACAUAGGAAAUACUUAUACAGAGGCACUCACACAGUUUAAAAUAUUGAAAAGGCCUCUUCAUUAUUAAUGGAAUAAAGCUGUUUUGAGAGAGGCAAUGCAUUAAAAACAUGCAGAGGAAAUGCUAAAAAAUGAUGGAUAUCAUGGUGCUUUAAGACUUGGUUCCCAAAGACUUUAAGAGAUUUAAAUUUCUUCUAAAAAUAAGAAAGCCACCAGAAUUUCAGUGAAAGAUUUAUUUUAGAGAUGGGUAAAUAUAUAGAAAUCUUAGUUCUUGAAAUAGUUACUGCACGUAGUUCUUUACUUCUUUGUCACCAGUCUUAAGUACCAUAUACUUUAAGUGCAGGAUAUUUUAUACCAACACAGGCUUGGGCAGAAGGUUACUACUGCUUGUGAAUGUGUGUGUGAUUUACAUGAGUGUAUAGAGGACUCUUUGCUAACAAGCAGUCAGAUUCACUACAAAUAGUAUAAAACUAGCCAACUCACGUUGAAGUUCAGUGCAGCAGCUUUGUAGCUUCCUUGUGUGAAUGCAAUGUCCUAGAUGGACUCAUUUUUUAAAAAGGUUAGUCUGUCAUUCCAAUGUGAUGGACACAAAGUUUUGGUUAUUAAAUAUCAUGUAUCUAAAUAUUAUAAGAUUUUUGCUUCUCAGAAAAUGUCCUGGUAUUAUAGAAGGGUCUGAUUUUUGCUCUUACCACAUGCAAUUAGUAUAUUUCCUACCAUGAGGUCUAAGUGACUUGGGUAGAGAAUGAAAGUGUGUCCCCACAGGCCAAUAAGGAAGAAAGAUAUUGUUUAUGAAGAGGCACACCAUUCUGUAGGAUAUGGGGAAUUAGGAAAGAAUUUUAAAAUAUCUGGAUAACCAUAAAGCAUCUACCAAAUCAGGAGGUAACUAACAGAGCUAGCUCCAUCAUCUUAAGCCAAAACAAUUUAGCUUAAAUCCAUGAAUGGUACCAAAUGAAAUCUCUGUAGUUUCAUCAGCUUGAACCACCUACUAUAACUGAGUGAGUUAUUGUCACCAAUGCAACGGCAUCUAAGAAGAUGGGAUGACUGUAGUUAAUUUUAGAAGACGUUUAGAGAAAAUCUGUGUUUUUGCUUCAAUGUUUUCUUGUGCUUUAAAUCUUUAAUAUGUACAGUGAUAAUGGGUGGUUAUCAAUGUUGUAAGUGAAUUUUGAAGUUCACUUAAUCAAGGAAGUAAGAUUAAGGUGUGUUCAUCCUCUUUAUAUGAUUUAUGUUUAGAACUUCUCUGUAAUAAAAAUUAUUUUUUGAUCAAAUUUUGAGCAUUAGGCUUUUCUUUAUUAGUGCUUACUCUAAAUCAUAAAAGUUCACUGUAUUUUAUAAAUAAAUAGAUCUGUGUUUUUAUAAUCAAAAUGUGUCUGGAUAGUUUAUGAUUUUGUGAUGUUAAUUCUUUGCAUGACAUUUUUCAAACACAAUAGAAACUUGGUUUGAGCCAUGUGGAAACUUAGCACAUUAAAAGAUUCUUCUGUUUCUGCUUGGCAUGGAUAUUAAAGUUCAUUAUAAAGAAAACAUCUUUAUAUCUAUAUAUGCAUGU